UUACUUUUCAUUGGAGAUUCUACAAACCGUGGUAUGAUGCACUACAUUUUGGAAAGAUUAAAUGGUUCUCUCACCGCUUGCGAGAAAACCCAUCACAUACGCCUCUAUGAAGAUCUCAACGAGGGUCAAACGACUUUAGGAUUUGCCUAUUAUCCUCAGUUCUGGCUGUCAGCUCCAAACCGGCCCGUUUUCGAAAAGACUCUCUACACUCUCUUACUGAAAUCUCGCCCUCUACAGAAUACGACGGACACCGUGAUCGUGGUAGGAGGCGUGCACUGGCUGGCCACACAGCAUUUGCACACGUUGUUGCGGGUCGUCCGCCGAGAGGGUCUUCAAGGAGCCAUGUUAGUGGUGAAAACUUUGGGAUCUGGUUUUCAUAUCCCGGCUGAAGGAGUACAUUUUAUGGGAAAGACAAAGCAAGAAAAACUUCUUAAACACUCACUUGGAUUAGCUGCAUUUGCACAUCACUAUAACAUGGAAGUUAUCGAUACCUUUAACAUGACUACGGCAAGGUAUAAGGAUUUUCUUCAAGGAAAGUGUGCCUGUCAUUUUCACAAGUUGGAAGAGCGCCCAGACUCGAGCUAUCAUGUGGAAGGAAGUAUCAACGCUGCAUAUUCGGAAAUUCUCUUAAGUAGGAUUUGCAAUGAACACAAAAGGGAUCGGAAUUACCACGACGUGAGCGACGAAGUGAAGGAAAUGAGUGUUUCAUGACAAAUGUCAUAUACAUAACGUAAAUAUUUUUUGUAUCUUUUCAUGAAGUACAGCGACAGGUACCGAAGGUAAACAUCAAGUAGUUAGCGAAAUAAUUACUUGGCUUCCAUAACUCAGGAAUGCGAUUUGGUCUGCACUACACUAUUGUUAACACAGUUGUCUCUCAAAAACACUGUGUAUUACAAUAACAAUUAAAUUUCU